UUGUAACUUAAUUAGAGCUCUCAUCUCAGCAACCUAAAAUCAAGAUACACAUUCUGGGUAUCGGGGAUAGUAUUUUGGGAGACCAGAACAACAUUUAUUAAAUAACUGGUUUUGGAGAAAAUAGCAUGUUUUGAGGGAAUUGGAUUAGCGCAGAAAACUAGGCUGGGUUUAGUUGAAGAGACUGGCAUAGGGUAAGGAAAGGAUUAUAGGAAGGGAGAUGGAGGUUUGUUCAUGAAAGGGGUGGAAUCAGGUACUAACACAAAGAGAACACACAUAGAAUCAUAUGACACUUCAAGCUAUCGCCAUCGCUAUCGCCAUCAGUUUCAAUUAGAGAAACUAAUAAAAUGGUAAACCUAAUCAACAAUGCAUUUUUGAAUUUAUUCAUCUGUUACUAUCAAAUUUUCCCAAAAUAAGUUGCACUCUAUAAAUGGAAUCAUCCAAAGAACCCAUGUAUUGCGAACAACAAAAUCUCCCAAUACUAGAUGCAGAUCCAAUGAGAAACUUAAGAAGAAAGGAGUUUAAGAUUAUAGAUCAAGAAACUGAACUAAUAGAUCGAUAUAGUAUAUAUUUUAGAAGGAGAUCAGAAUGCAUCUGAUUAAAUGCAAACAAUUUGUGAACUCAAAUUCUUUUGAAGGAAUUAACUUCACUAAAUAUUAAACACCUAGAGGCUGAAAGUAUAGACUUUACGAUCUCAUUGAAUUCUAAUUUUAAAGUUUAUGAUAAAUUUAUACAGAAACUAUCUCCAAUGAAGAGUGAUAAUUUAGAAAUUUUAAGCUCUUGGAUUUAUCCAGAUAUCCAACCUCUUAAUGUUUCAAAGCAUUUCAAGAUCUUUUGUCCCACACUUUGUUUUGUAACAAAAGUUUUUUGCCUGCACACUUGUUUGCUUAAUACAAAAGAUAUUGCUAAAAUAAUUUUAUGCUGAAGAAGCAUUGAAACCAUCUUCUUUGCCAAGUGAAAAAUUUCGAGUAAAAUGAUAGCUUCCAGAGGUUUCUUGUAUUAAGCUAAAGUCUCUUAAAUUCAUU